AUGAAGGAGGAAGUGUUGCGGGCGCUCCAACGCGUAGCGGACAUGUUGGUGGGCAACUUCACUGUGUCCUUCCAGAAUGAACUGCGCUUCAUGGCGGAGGCAGCAGGAUCAACGUGCGCGACAGCGAUGAAGGCUCAGGGCGUCCCGAUGGCGCAGGCGGUCAAGCACACAGCGGGCGCUGUGGCACGACUAUGA